UGUCCUCCCCGCUCCCUCCCGAGGGGCAGCGCGCACGGGCAGCCGGGCAGGCGGAAAGGAUGGCGCCGUGACAGCCGGGCCGCAGUCCCUGCGUGCCCCCGCCCGCCCGCGGUCCGGCCCGCAGCCGCCGCCCGGCCCGGGAGAUGGAGUCCACAGCCUACCCUCUCAAUUUGACCCUGAAAGAAGAGCAAGAGGAAGAAGAGAUUCAGAGCCGGGAACUGGAGGAUGGCCCCGCAGAUAUGCAGAAAGUCCGAAUCUGUUCAGAGGGUGGAUGGGUACCAGCCCUAUUUGACGAGGUGGCCAUAUAUUUUUCCGACGAAGAGUGGGAAGUUUUGACGGAGCAACAAAAGGCUCUCUACCGGGAAGUCAUGAGGAUGAAUUACGAAACUGUUCUGUCCCUCGAAUUCCCAUUCCCUAAGCCAGACAUGAUCAGCCGGUUGGAACAGGAGGAAGAAUCUCCUAAUUCCGAUAAGUGGCAACUCCAAAGAGGAACCUCUGCAGAAAAUGAAGAAUCUGACCUUAAGCCCCCAGACUGGACAAACCCCCUGCACACUGCUUCCCAGUUUCCAUCACCUCAACAGCUUGACAGGUUCAGCCUGCGUCUGCCUCGGUGUAUCACAGAGCUGCCCGAGUGGAGCGAGGGGUACCCUUUCUACAUGGCCAUGGGCUUCCCAGGCUACGAUUUCUCGGCUGACGACAUAGCUGCGAAGUUUCAGUUCAGCCGAGGCAUGCGCCGAAGUUACGAUGCUGGGUUCAAGCUGAUGGUAGUGGAGUACGCUGAGAGCACCAACAACUGCCAGGCUGCCAAGCAGUUUGGGGUGUUAGAAAAAAAUGUUCGAGACUGGCGCAAAGUGAAACCACAGCUCCAAAAUGCGCACGCCAUGCGGCGGGCAUUUCGAGGUCCCAAAAAUGGGAGGUUUGCUCUGGUGGACCAGCGUGUGGCUGAGUACGUCCGGUAUAUGCAGGCCAAAGGGGAUCCUAUCACCCGGGAGGCCAUGCAGCUGAAAGCUCUGGAGAUCGCCCAGGAGAUGAACAUUCCAGAGAAAGGGUUCAAGGCAAGCCUGGGUUGGUGUCGAAGGAUGAUGAGGAGGUAUGACCUGUCUCUGAGGCAUAAAGUGCCUGUGCCCCAGCACCUGCCUGAAGACCUGACUGAGAAGCUUGUCACAUACCAGCGCAGCGUGCUGGCUCUGCGCAGGGCCCAUUACUACGAGGUGGCACAGAUGGGGAAUGCGGACGAGACGCCAAUCUGCUUAGAGGUGCCAUCCAGGGUGACUGUGGACAACCAGGGUGAAAAGCCCGUUUUGGUCAAGACGCCAGGCAGGGAGAAACUGAAGAUCACUGCAAUGCUGGGUGUCUUGGCUGAUGGGAGGAAGUUACCUCCAUACAUCAUUUUGAGGGGGACAUAUAUCCCCCCUGGGAAAUUUCCCAGUGGGAUGGAGAUCCGCUGCCACCGCUAUGGGUGGAUGACUGAGGAUUUGAUGCAGGACUGGUUGGAAGUGGUGUGGAGACGGAGGACAGGAGCUGCGGGAACAGUGCCCAAGCAGCGGGGGAUGCUGAUCUUGAACGGCUUCCGGGGUCACGCCACUGACUCGGUGAAGAGCUCCAUGGAAAAUAUGAACACUGACAUGGUGAUCAUCCCUGGGGGCCUGACCUCCCAGCUACAGGUGCUGGAUGUGGUGGUGUACAAACCACUCAAUGACAGCGUGCGGGCCCAAUACUCCAACUGGCUUCUGGCCGGGAACCUGGCACUGAGCCCCACGGGGAAUGCCAAGAAGCCACCCCUGGGCCUCUUCCUGGAGUGGGUCAUGGUUGCGUGGAAUAGCAUCUCGAGUGAGUCCAUUGUCCAAGGAUUUAAGAAGUGCCACAUCUCCAGCAACUUGGAGGAGGAAGAUGAUGUGCUGUGGGAAAUCGAGGGCGAGCUGCCAGGAGGGGUUGAGCCGCCAAAAGAUUGUGACACUGAAAGCAUGCAGGAGGGCCACUGAAGGACAAGUUCAGCGGAUGGACCUGGGAUGGAAACAGUUAUGAAGGAGAAUCCUCAAGAUAUUCCUGAAAGUGUGAAUGCAGAGGAGCAGCAGGAAGAGCAUCUGGGCUCUGAAUAGCCUGGGGGUAGACCAGGGCCACGAUCCAAUCCCUCUACCCCAGCCCUGAAAGAUGUCAGCAACAUCGUAAGACCCUGCAUUUCAACAACCACGAGGAGCCAAGAAACUUUCUGCCCCUUGUUUUGGAGAGUCCUUCAUGUGUCCAUCAGAAAAAAACUGUAAAUAGGAAUGAACAAAAUAUUUCUUGGGAGAAGAGGCCAUUUGGUCAACACCAAGAGACUCAUGGGCAGAACUCUCAGUGUCCUUUCUGUGGAGAAAACCUCAAGUACAUCUUUUAUUCUGCCUCUGAAAAUGCUUCCAGAAGUAGAACUUGUCCCACACAGGUCAAGGCUAUGGAGAAGGCUUUUUGUAGAAAUGUGUCAUGUACACCCACUGCUUACACAUCCCUUUCAGGAAAAUCAGAUGCUAAUGAUAACAGUAAAAUUAAGGCAAAUGGCCUGGCUCCUGCAGAUGGCCUUUCUAUAGACAAACUAGAUUAGUGUGGAAGAUACAGGUUAAAAGAAACUGUGCUGUUCUAUUUAUCGUCCCAAUCUGUUGGCAGCUAGAGACUUUCAGGGUUGUGCUUAAUGGCCCUCUACUUAAUGAUCAGGCAGCAUGGAGUCCACAAGCCCUUCCAUUUCUCAGGCUGCCUGCAGAAGUCACUGAAUUAUCUGCUUUCUGCAGAGUCCAUGGUCCACUGACUCACCUACUUGUUUUAUUUUAAUGUUUCUAUCACAGGGCAGUAGGAAGACUUGAACCUUUAGCCACAGCUGUUUCAAGACUUCAACCCUGCAGUAAUAAGUGGAAAGUCAUCAAAAUUUUACACACUAGCGAUGGGCAUUCCCACAUAGGUCGAGUGUUACAAAAACAUUCCUUAAAGCUAUCUGUGCUGCAGCAAAGUACGCCAGAACCUCAGACCAAGCCAUUCCAACGUCGAGUCUGGCUACGACCACUUUACUUCCUGUAGACUCAGCUCAUGUGAAUAUUCCAAGCUGUUCUUGGGCCAGGGGUUUAGCUCAGCAGUGUAAGUGCCUACUUGGCAAACACAAAAGUGCCGAGUUUGAUCCCCUGUACCAAAAAAAAAAAGCUGUUCUUGGCAUCUUGUACUCAGGUACUCAUUCUCCUGUUACUGAUUUACCUUUCUGAUUUUUCUUAAACCAGUUUCCCACUCUUCCACAUACAAGGUGGGGGGGAUUUCUGUUUGUAUCUGAAUAACUUUCAGUGUUUUGAAUUGUUUGCCCGUUCCUGCAACUAUAUUCCUGGUCAUCCAAAAUUAGCAUCUAACCCAUUACUGUCCAUUCCAGAAAUUUCCACUCCCUCCAUUUCUACCUAAUUUUCCUUCUACUUAACUGUCCUACUUCUUGGCCCUUUCUUCUUCGUGUCAUAUUUCUCUGCUUUGGGAGCUUAAAAGAUGCUGCAAGACUUAAUUGUGCGUUCCUGCAUGGAAAGAGUCAUGUUGCUGAGAAGAGUAGAAAAUGGGUUCGAUUUUUACUCCAUGACACCUCUUUAGCCUCAACUUCAGCUGAGAGAUGAUGCCUUACAGGUUGCACAGCACUGGAACUUUCCUAGUGAUGGCUCUGCUGUCAGGGUCUUGUGGACUCACCCUUCCAGACUUAAUGACCUAAUGCCUAAGAGCCCCAGUACAACUAUUAUAGGAACCGCUGUCACCCUUGAGUUCUACAGCACAUGGAGACCUAGUCUUAUUCCCUAAUAGAUAGGAACUGACCUGACAAUAAACUUUGAUAAUAAAGAUGCUA